ACAAUAACCCAAUUUUAUCCAGAUUAUGAGAAUGUAGGACUGUGACCAGCGAGGAAGAGGAAAGAGUAUUAAACGGCGAAAGUAUGGCAACAGGAAGAAGAAGAAGAUGAAGAUGAAGUAGAAGCAGAAACGAACCAGGGAGUGGAAGACACGACGAUGGCAUGCGCAGCUUGCAAGCCCUAAACAAAAGCAACAGCAACUGGAGAAGGAGCAGCACACAUCGGCGCAAUCCCUGACUCCAUCGCCAUCGCCAUUGCCAUUCCAUGCAUCUUCACCGCCACGGCGUUCGAGGCGGAGGUGGAGCCCUUGGUCGCCAUCGUUGCAUCCCUCCCUUCGCUUUCCUCGCACCUGUCACGAAUUACCGGCGUUGGUUUCGUGAGCGCUCGUCUCUGGAUGCUUCCGGUUCGCGAAUUGGUGUUGUUGUCUGUGUGCCGGGAUUUAACGUUGGCACAGAUUAGGUUCGUUUGAGGGUUUGGAUGCUUUCGGGAGUUGAAGAGGUGGACCCUGGCUGCGAUUGGCAAGAAGACAUCUGUUGUGGCAACAAUUUGGAAUUAGGAGGUCUCGACCCGGCGCGGCCUCUUCAGCGUGAGAGUUUGAAGUACUGCCGUUACUUUAGGUCAAGCUGUGGCUCGUAGGCUAGAAAGUUCGCAGAGACAUAUGAGCUGCACAUUGGCUUAACUCCGAAGAGGAUUGAUUUAAAGAUGGCGGAGACGCCACUUGGUAACGUGGACAUUGAUGAUAUGCUUAGCUACGUGGAGAGCGGGCAGAACAAACCUGGAACCUUGGGAUUCUUAUCACCUCGCAAACCUGAGCUUCUAAACCCAACCAACUCGAUUGCACCAGUUGUGCAUAAUCAGCGUUGUGUGAAGAGGCGUGGACAGACGUCAAACAUUGAUGCUUCUGGGUUGCAGUCCAAGCUUCCAAAGCGACAAAGCAAGAAAGGGCGGACAACUUAUGAAUCGGACGAUGACGCACAAAUCCAAAUGAGGUUGGCGCGAUUACGUCGUGAUGUUCUAGAACAGCAAGAAGAUAUCGAGGAAGAAGUGGUGAAUGAAAAUGAACAAACAGAUGAUGCUCUGGAGCGGCUCCGGAAUUUUAGGGAGUCACUUGGCAUUCCUGAGCCUCAGCAACGACAACAUUCAACUCCUAAGGCCAGAACUGUUCCUAAACGACGGUACAGUACAUCUGAUAAGCACUCGUCAAGGAAAGAUUUUGAUACGCAGGUGGAAAUGAGCGAGGCUCAGCUGCUGCAACGAUUGCAGAAGCUUCGUCAGUCCCUAUCGUCGCCAGAUCGAUCGAAGACUUCCAAAUCACAACGUGGUUCAAAGAAAAAGAAGACCCAAUUCUUGCCUAGCAGUGUUGCUGACAGACAUCCAACUAAUUCCAGCUUAAGUGCCGAACUAUUUUCUGCGGCAUCUGAGAAUCCGCAAACGCAAGUUCCAAACAUGAUGCAUUUGCAAGGAGUAAAUCCAGGCUUGGCGAAGGAGCUACAUCAGCACUGGUCUAUGGACCUCAAUAAUGUCAUGCACAUGGGAUUUGCGAUAGAAGGCGGACAGGUGGACCAGUUUGUCGGACAUGGCGACCUACAUCAAUACGCACAGUAAUGGAUGGAGCUCCCUGUUUCUGUAUUUUAUAUCAACGUUGAACUAUACUACUCCAGAUUUUCUGUUUGAAAACAAGUUCAGUGCAGCAAUCUAAGCUGUAGUGUUUGCUGGGGUUACGACGGUAAUCCUAUGCAGGUUGUCAGUACUAGGCGUGCCCAAAUUUGAGGUCAGAACUGCGACAGGCAUUUUGUUCACAUUAGGUGCGAGCCUGUGCUGAAGUUCAAGAGGUUGAUUUUGAUAGAAUUUAUAAAUCUCCUUAAUGCUUUUAGUGACCAGCCGGUUUAGCAACUUGAACUGGUUUCUAAUCAUCACGGCAAGAGACUUUGUCCACUAGAGUGUAGUAUACCAAUCGUGAAAAAUUGUGUUGGUUGACACCUUGGCUGGGGUUAUCAUUCUUGUGCACUUUGGUUGCAGCGCUUGAUCAGAGCCGUUGAUGAGAUUUGAGAUUCUUAAAAUUGAGGGGUUGCAAAUCAUGUGAUGUAUUUCAAAAUGUUCACUAUACUCUUGGAUUUAUAUCUAUGUACAAUAAACCUUUGACCUCCAUGCUUCAGAGAGUUAAUUCA